AUGGUCAGAAGGCCGGUUUACUGUAGCUGGACGGCAAGCUGGAAAUUGGGUCUGUAUCAUAUCCCUUGGUAUGCUAGGAGUGCGCCCCAUGGAAAUUCGGGGCAGUUCUUACCGAUGCAUGCUGUGUUGCCGCCACCCUCCUCGCCGUUGAGCCACGUCGCGCGACUUGCCCUCGUACUCAUGCCUCGGGGCAAGGCCCUCUCCAAUGACCUUCGCCAGGUCCUUGUCAACAUGGUCUGCCGGCUUGAUCUGCCCAAGAUAGUCGAGUACACGCAGUGCAAGAAGCAUACAGUUGAGCGCAUGCUGCAGGACUAUCAACAUCAUCACACUGCUUCUCGCAUUCUUCUGAGGAGAGAUCUUCGCAGAUGA